UGCAUGAACCAUGGCGUCCGAAUCAGUGUAGUGGUUGAGUUGAUUCUCAUAUAUCUCCGUUAUGAGAUGUCUUUGUGUCUUUUUUUCCCCGUGCACUCCAGCUGUUGAAGCAUCUGCAGGACACGUGAAAGCGACGAGAGCAUCUUUGUGGAAGAAAGGCAGAGGAGAGCAGAGGAGAGGGUGGGGGUGCGAUUCUGGAAGAUUCUGUCGGAAAUCUUGGACCCCAGAUGGCUCAUUGUUGGGGAGCGCUGCGGCGAGCUAGCUCACUCUCUUGUGUCAAAGACACGACUGUGGUCAUGACAAAGGGUUUUAAGAGAUACUGACUGAGGAACACAGACCAGUGGCUGCUAACAUGUCAAAGAGGCCAUCUUAUGCCCCGCCUCCUCCCCCUGCCCCAACAACUCAAACGCCCAAUACCCCAGGGUUUGUGGGGUACAACCCGUACAGCCAUCUGGCAUACAACAACUACAGGCUGGGGGGAAGCCAAAGCACCAACAGCCGGGCAACGAACUCCUCCGGGAUAAAUAUCCCAAAGCCACCCAAGCCCCCCGACAAGCCGCUGAUGCCAUACAUGAGAUACAGCCGGAAGGUUUGGGAUCAAGUAAAAGCCUCCAAUCCUGAUCUGAAGCUAUGGGAAAUUGGGAAGAUAAUCGGUGGCAUGUGGAGGGACCUCACUGAUGAGGAGAAACAGGAUUAUUUGAAUGACUACGAAGCAGAGAAGAUUGAAUACAAUGAGAGCAUGAAGGCCUAUCACAACUCACCAGCCUACCUGGCCUAUGUCAAUGCAAAGAGCCGCGCUGAGGCUGCUCUGGAGGAGGAGAGUCGCCAGAGGCAGUCCAGACUGGACAAGGGCGAGCCAUACAUGAGCAUCCAGCCAGCUGAGGAUCCGGACGACUACGACGAUGGGUUUUCCAUCAAGCACUCAGCCGCAGCCCGUUUCCAGCGCAACCACCGCUUGAUCAGUGAGAUCCUCAGCGAGAGCGUGGUCCCUGACGUGCGCUCGGUCGUCACCACGGCACGGAUGCAAGUCCUGAAACGGCAGGUUCAGUCUCUGAUGGUGCACCAGCGCAAGUUAGAAGCCGAGUUGCUUCAGAUCGAGGAUCGUCACCAGGAUAAGAAAAGGAAGUUUAUUGAAGCCACGGAAUCGUUUACAAAUGAGCUGAAGAGGCUGUGCUGCAUGAAGGUGGAGGUGGACAUGGAGAAGAUUUCUGCCGAGAUCUCUGCAGCAGAGGAGGCAGCUCGCCGGCGCAUGGCAGAGCGCGAGAAGGAGGCGUGCGGUGCCAAGGAGGCUCCAGCUUGUGUCCUGGCCGAAGAAGACAAACAUGUCUGUGCAACACACGGCAGCAAGUCCCAGCCGGGUGCUGAGACCAGCAACAAAGAGAGUGAGGACUCAGAGCCCAACCCCACUGAUGCAGCAGGAAAGCAGAAAGAGGAACUGGAGGCUCAGCCUGGAAGCGCAGAUGGAGGAUCCGAGGACAAAGAGAGCGUCCUCGAGGGAGCCAUGGAGGAGGGAACCAGUGACAGCAACACGGGCUCCGAAACCACUUGCGCUCAAGCUGAAGACGUCCUCACCAGCGAGCCAUCCGAGGGCCCCGGCAGGGCCCGCUCAUCCCACUGACUCCCACCGCAGGACUUAAAAGCCACCGCGUGACCCGCCAUUUUGUGGCGCGGUCUGUGAACAUUGCACACUAUCAUCUGUCGAAGCGUACAAACAACAUGCCGAUGCGUUGAACAAGCGAGACAAUAAGAUGAUGUAAAAGAAAAAAAAAACAAAAAACUGCUAAGCACUUGAAGCCGACAAAGCAAAGGUCCGGUGUAGUAUUGUGGCCUGCUACAAAGAGUGAUUGCCAUUUCGACUAAUCGUACAUAUCAAUACAUAUCUGCCAUGUUAUUGCUGGCUACAUGGAAAAAAAGCUGCCAUGUGAAUCAAACAUUGCUCAGUGUAAUAUUUAUCUUUAUAGUGUUGCUUUUAUUGUCACUUUUGCAUGAUGCAAUAAGUUGUGAAGGAGAGUGUCUGUUGCCGUAUCAGUAUCUCAGUGGCUGUAAUGUCUCAGGAGUUUUUAGUCACUAGUUGUAGCUGUUCUUAUUUAUUACCUGCAUUUUUAUGAUUCUUGUGAUUUGUUUUUGUCUUUGCACCCUCUACUUUACCCCCUGCCCCUCACUCAAACGUCACAUGAUCACCAAUUCUCGACCACCAGUGUUCAAGUUUGCCUGCUGUCAAUCAAAUCAAAGGCGGUACACUUGGAACAUCUCAUGAAUAUUUACAUUUGAACAUGGUGUGGUUUACCAGCUUCAAGUUGUCAGUCUUAAAAUCAAUUUCCUUUUUGCAUAUUUAUAUCAAUAAACUUUUCUACGCUAA